AUGGCGGAGCCCAAGGACGAGGUGGAGUGUGAGCCCCGGCGGCGGGUGGGGUACAGUGUGCAGCGGGAGGUGCUGGACGAGCUGUGCGUGGAGGACAUGGCCGAGAAGACACAAUCCAAAAACCAACUGGUGGAAAAACUCAAAGACUCGGUCAGGUGUUCUGGUCCCCGGCUGAAGAGCUGCUUCUUCUCCUGUGUGCCCGUGUUCUCGUGGCUGCCUCGUUACUCCCUCAGACAGAACGCCAUCGGAGACCUCGUCUCGGGCAUCAGCGUGGGCAUCAUGCAUCUGCCCCAGGGCAUGGCGUACGCCCUGCUGGCCGCUGUGCCUCCAGUGUUUGGCCUCUACUCCUCGUUCUAUCCCAUCCUCCUCUACUUCAUCUUCGGGACAUCCAAACACAUCUCAGUGGGCACCUACGCAGUCAUGAGUGUGAUGAUUGGCAGCACCACGGAGCGCUUGGCUCCAGACUCUGACUUCAUGGUGUGGGACAACGUGACCAACAGCAGCGGAGUGGACUUGAUCAGCCGGGACGCGGAGCGGGUGAAGGUGGCUGCUGCGGUCACCUUCAUGUCAGGCUUAUUCCAGCUGCUUCUAGGCCUGGUGCAGUUUGGCUUUGUGGUGACAUACUUGUCCGAGCCUCUAGUGAGGGGUUACACCACAGGAGCUGCCAUCCACGUCAUCGUGUCGCAGCUCAAAUACACGUUUGGCAUCAGCCCUAAACGCUACAGCGGCCCUUUCUCUCUCAUAUAUACGGUGCUGGAGGUGUGCUCCCUGCUGCCGCAGACCAACAUAGGCACUCUGGUGGUGAGCAUCGUGGCCAUCGUGGGGCUCAUCAUCGCCAAAGAGCUCAGCGCGCUCGUGGCCCGCAAGCUGCCCGUCCCCAUUCCCGUGGAGCUCAUCGCCAUCGUUCUCGCCACAGUUAUCUCCUGGCAAUUUGACCUGUUUCUGAACUAUAAAGUUGAGGUGGUGGGGGAGAUUCCAUCAGGACUCCAGCCCCCAGUUUUCCCAACCACCUCCCUGUUUGGUCAAGUGAUUGGGGAUGCGUUUGCCCUGGCAGUGGUUGGUUAUGGCAUUGCCAUCUCCCUUGGUCGGAUAUUUGCUCUUAAGUAUGGAUACAAGGUGGACAGCAACCAGGAGCUGAUAGCACUGGGCCUCAGUAACGCAGUCGGAGGGGUGUUCCAGUGCUUCGCCAUCAGCUGUUCCAUGUCCCGUACUAUGGUGCAGGUCAGCACUGGGGGGAAAUCCCAGGUGGCCGGGGCUCUCUCAGCUGUAGUCAUCUUAGUCAUCCUGCUAUGGAUCGGAGCGCUAUUUGAACAGCUUCCAAAGGCUGUUCUGGCAGCCAUCAUUUAUGUCAACCUCCAUGGAAUGAUGAAGCAAUUUGGUGAUAUCAAAACCCUGUGGAACAGCAACAGAGUAGACAUGCUGGUGUGGGUGAUGACCCUGAUCCUGACCGUGCUGUUCAAUCCUGACCUGGGGCUGGCAGCCUCCAUUGCCUUCUCCAUGCUCACUGUCAUCUUCAGAACUCAGCUGCCCAAGUACUCCCUCCUCGGACAGGUUCCUGGAACAGAUAUUUACAGACCCAUAGAGGACUAUAAUCAGGUGAAAGAGGUGCCAGAGCUGGUGAUCUUCCGCUCCUCAGCCACACUUUACUUCGCCAAUGCUGAAAUGUACGCAGACGCCCUGGCAGAGAAGAGCGGGGUGGACAUCGCCAAGCUACUGUCCCACAAAAAGAAGCUGGAGUCGAAGAGAAAGAGACAAGAGAAGAAAGAGGCCAAAAAGGCCAAAAAGGCUAAGAAAGGGAGCGAGUCCGAUGACUCAGUCAAGGAGCAGGUGGUGUUCACCAUCGAGGUGGAGACAAAGCCUGGACCCGUCCUCCCUCGCGCCAUCAUCCUAGAGUUGAGCGCAUGUAACUUCCUGGAUACGGUGGGAGUCAAGACCCUCAGCAACAUUCGUAAGGACCAUGGUGAAGUGGGGGUCCAAGUCCUUCUGGCUGGUUGUCAAAGUUGUGUGGUGGAAAGUCUGGAGAAGGGCGGGUUCUUCAACGACAAAGUGACCAAAGCGAUCCUUUUCACAUCUGUGCACGAUGCUGUACUAUACUGCGACGCAGAUAGACAGGAAGAGGACUUGAAGGCAACACAGCUUUGA